GUCACAGUGGUUGGGGUUACAAAACACACGUGUUUUGUUAUCCCUUAGUCUUUUUAAUGAUAAUAUGUUAAAAUAAAGCGUUGAAAUGAGUAAACUAUAUGUUUUAUACGAGCACAGCGCGGGCUUUGCGCUGUUCCGUGUCACAGAGUUCGAAGAGUUGGCAGCAUUCCUACCUCAGGUGGAAGAAUCGGUAACAGACCUGCAAAGGUUUAAUUCAGUGGUCACUUUAAUCGCAUUCCAACCAUUUAAAUCUGCAAUCGUUGCGUUAGAAAAUAUUAACGCUAUUUCUGAAGGUAUUGUGCCAGAGGACCUUAACUUGUUUCUUGAAGGUGCAUUGCCAAAGCGCAAAAAGAGGUCAAAAUGCACUCUAGGCGUAGCAGACCCGAAACUUGGUGCUGCCAUCAGCGAAGCUCUCGAGAUACCGUGCUCACAUACUGGGGCAGUACCAGAGAUUAUCAGAGGCAUACGGCAUCAUUUCCAUGCACUCAUCAAAGGCCUCACACUCAAAGCAUGUAGCAUAGCUCAGCUUGGUCUUGGUCAUUCCUACUCUCGGGCCAGAGUUAAGUUCAAUGUGCAUAGAGUGGACAACAUGAUUAUACAGUCAAUAGCACUGCUGGAUCAACUUGAUAAGGAUAUUAACACCUUCUCUAUGAGAAUCAGAGAGUGGUACUCCUACCAUUUCCCGGAGCUGGUGAGCAUAGUACCUGAAAACCAUCUUUACACCAAAUGUGCAGAGUACAUCAAGGAUAGGAAGUCAUUGUCAGAGGAGUCUCUGGAACCCCUCACGGAAAUUUUGGGCGAUUCAGAGAAGGCACAGGCUAUCAUUGAUGCUUCAAAGAUGUCGAUGGGAAUGGACAUUUCACCAGUGGAUUUGAUUAAUAUACAGAUGUUUGCUGGAAGAGUUGUGGCAUUGAGUAACUACAGGAAGCAGAUCGCAGAGUAUCUACAUACAAAGAUGAAUUCUGUGGCUCCGAAUCUCACCACACUGAUUGGUGACCAAGUCGGUGCAAGACUCAUCUCCAAGGCUGGUUCUCUCACAAGCCUCGCCAAGUACCCUGCUUCUACGUUGCAGAUUUUAGGUGCCGAGAAAGCUCUAUUUCGUGCUCUGAAAACUCGUUCCAACACACCCAAGUACGGUCUGCUGUAUCACUCUACUUUUAUCGGUCGCGCCGGUCUUAAGAACAAAGGUCGGAUCAGCAGAUAUCUGGCCAACAAGUGCUCCAUCGCUUCAAGGAUUGAUUGCUUCUCCGAAACACAAACAACAAUAUUUGGUGAGAAACUCCGUCAGCAAGUGGAGGAUCGUUUGAAAUUCUACGAGACGGGUGACAUCCCAAUGAAAAACAUCGAUGUCAUGAAACAGGCAAUGGAAGAGGCUCUACAAGAACAGGAGCAAGAAGCAGUGGCGAGCGCUAAGAAGAAGAAGAAAAAGAAGAAGAAGGAAAAGAAAGAGGAAGAAGCAAUGGAUGAGGACUGAGUGCCUGUAGUGCUUAGUUUUUAGUUCAUACUUUUAUUAUUUGAGUGUUUAUUUGUUAAGACGUAAAAGGUGCUGCUCAUAUUUUAAAAUUUGAGAAAAUUGAGAGAGGAUGUGUGGUAGGUAGACCAGAUAUAAUACGGUUUUAUUACAAAACAUGUUUUUUUCCCUGGUAAUGGACUCGUACUGUUAUACUUUUACCAGUGUCAAGUAAAUAAGAAAUUAUUCUUUAUGAUAAUUCGUUAUCCGUCUCAUUUUUGGGAGAUUUUGGCGGCAGUUUGAGCCAGCAGACAGUCGAUAGCGAUGGUAUCUCACAUUACCAUCGGAGUACUUGUAUCAUCGUUUCCAUUAAUGAUUCAUAGGCGCAGACGUUUAAUACACCAAAUCGCACCAGUUUACGAAUCAAAAUCAGCAAUCUGCUGGCGCGGCGGUUAAGUUCCCGCCAAUUUUUUUUUAUUUAUAUUCGGCUCGACAGAAAAAGCCAUAAAUAUGACACUUUAUCGCUGUUUAAACGUGUAAAGUCCGCGCGUUUUCUCGGCUAGCGAUCUUCACCGGGCUGUAGUUGGCUUUUCGAGAUAUUGGCACAUGUGCCGUUUCAUAUUCGUUCCUAAGAUUGCUUAGGGAAACAGUUUGUUUUGUCUAUAUCGAUUAUACAAUAAAUUGAAAAUUAUUGUUAUAAUGCAAAUAUCUUAAUGUAUUUUAAUAGAACAAUAGUAUCUAAUAAAAAAUACGAUAAACAGUUUGAAUAUACUGGGCUAUUUUGCAGUAUAUGCCCAAAUUUACUAAGGAGGUUCAGAACAGGCAAAUGGUAAAAAAUAAAAUUAAAAAAGCUCAAACAUUUUGUCCUUUUGUCAUUUCAAUUGUUUUUUUUUUUUAAUUAAAAAACGUUACUUCCACACUAGGAUUUUCCCUGUAUCGUUGUUUACAUACAUAAAUUUCACAAGGACAAACAUCCAGACUCGGAACAAUUACUUGUAGGGUAUACAUUUACUUGUUCCCGUUGAACCCGCGGCCCUUAGCGAUGCAACUCGUUGCUAAUCCACUGCGCCAAGGAAUCGUUUGGAGAUAUUCAAAAUGUGUGGAAAUGCAUUAUUGUAACUUACUGUUAUUCUUAAAUAUGUAACAUAUACUAUUUUACUACGCACGCACGCAUUUGUAAGGGAGUGUUGAAUUCGGAAGUAGUCGGUGGCGUUUGGCGCUCGAUCUUCGGUUACAGAUUUAGGUUGUUUAGGUUGUUUUUUUUUUAUUAAAGUUGUUUUGACUCGGUAAAGACAAGCGCGUAUUUUCGCCAAUUCCGUUAGGCGUUACACAGCUUUGAUUACUAUUUCUAAAUUUUCGUAUGUAGUAUUACUUGUCAUUUCGUUAGCAAUAACUCAACGAAAAUAUUCGAACCGCGAAUACUAUGAAAUGGUACGGUAUUAUAUUUUAAGCAAUGAAAGUUGACGUGGUGCGCAAAGAUUAUACGAAAGUGAGUCUUUAUCGCGUUUGCAAAGACAAUGAAGGAAUUGACGCACAUGCGCUGUCCAAUCGGAUAUUUUUUUUGCAGCAAAUCAAAGGCUGUUAGACUUUAGACAGUUUCACCACUCUGUCAAAUGGAAGUGCUCAAGGUGAUCACUCAAAAAAUCAUUAUUCGCGUCGCGUAGUUAUCAACUUAGAAGUAAGUGUGUCAUUAAGAAAGUAAAUAGUAGGCAAGAGCUCCUUGUAUUGACUAUUUCUAAAAUUCUCUGCGCUAUAUUUACUAAUUUACUCGACAAUUGCGGGAAUCGAGGUAACGUUUGCAAACCUUCACACCGUUCAUCAAAAGAGCCUUAAAAAGGGUCUGUCAUGAAAGCAGAACCCUUGCCGCGAUCUUUGUUAUUUAUUUCGCAUAUUUUUAAUGGAACUUUAUUGAAACUGACUAGUAACCUGGGAGUAAAUAAAAACUUUUUGUAAUAACACUGUUAAACACGCAAUUUCCCAUAAACAUUUGAUCCGUCUUAACAAUAGAGCUCAAGCAGUACCUAUAAAGAAUAUAGAAGCAGACUUUAUUAAUAGUUUAUUUUUAAUCUAAAAUACACUAAGAUGUAAUUUGCUUUUACUUAUCAUUCACUUGGAAAACUAGGCUAAGAUUAACGUCAAAUAAAUCUUUUUCAAUAC